UUUAACUCAAGAUUUAGUUUAGGAGCAAUUGCAUAUGAUGUGUAAAUGCAGUCCCGUGUGGGGCGGAGGGGGGUUGUAUGCUUACUCUGCUUCUUAAGGAUCAAGUCAUGCUUUCUGAUACAAACCUGGUAUCACAGCUAUGCAAAGCGGUGGGCAAUGAAGAUCCAAGGUCUGUGCAGUCAUUGUUGUCCCAAGGAGCUAACCCAAACUCAAUUCUUGAAAAGGGUGUCGCGGCCGUACACUUGGCUGUAGGUAAAGAGUCCGAGAAGGGAAUCCGCUGCCUGAAGCUUAUUCUACAACAUGGGGCUGACCCAAAUCUCAGGUCAUCUGAAGGGCUCACUCCCCUGCAUAUUGCUGCUCUGUGGGGCUGUUAUCAGAAUCUCAAAUUACUAUUAAAAAAUGGUGGCAAUCCAAAUCUUAAAGACCAGGAUGGCAACAAAGCUGGUGAACUGGCUGAACAACAGGACAACCGUCGAUGUGCUUUGCUUCUCUCAGAACAUGAGUGUCAGGCCGUGCAAGCUGAGACUGAGGAGUUUCCCAAGUUCCAAUAUUCUGUUUACACAGGCCAGGCUGGUAGAGACCGCUCCUACUGUUCUGCCAUGGAUGAGUACAGCAUGGCUUCUCAUGGAAUGUCCAUGCUGAGUGACAUGGGGGAUGAUCCUUUAAGCAGCACACGUAGGUCCUCAUCUCUCAACUUCUCAGGAAUCGGCGGCAGGCCCAGUUGGCGAGGGCCCAACCGCCUGGAGCUCUCGGACUUCUCUGAUCUCCGUGGUCCUCGAGAUUCAGUUUUGGAUUUUGAGCCGCCAGCCGUCCUCUCCAGCACUCGAAUGUCCGCUGCGGGCAUCAGAGACCACUCCGUCCUGCCAGCUCUUCAGGAAGAUGUAGCUUUUCCCGACGGCAGAGCUUUACAAUAUGAGCGCGUUGGUCAUAGGGGCUCUGAUGUCCUCCCUCCGCCACGUCAGUCAGCUGUGUAUUCCCGCCGCGCCAGCCGCAAAAGUGUCAGCUUCAGAGACGUGGACGAGUACUUCCCUGUUUUCGACGCCGAAUCUCCAAGACGAUGCCCUGCACAGGAGAGUUCCGAGUCUUGUGAUUCUACUGUUGACUUCACCAACUACUCUGAAUUCUUUGACACUGAGCGAAUGGCUACAGUGUUGCAUCAUCAGGGCAUUGAUGUCACGUCCCCUGACCACGUUUUUGUGUUUUCUCGUGACGAUGGCAGGACAGAGGAGGACUUUGAAAAGACUGUCCUGGGAUGCUGGCCAACUGAACAGGACAGUCAAGACGAAGUGUUCACCCACAAUGUCAGGGAUCCAAAGAAUCUAGUCCAGCCCUUAUCCAGUUCAGGGAGCAGCAGCCGCAGUGGGAAUAGUCAGUACAGUAGCUGUGACAGUGAAGAAUACAAAAGCGCCAUUGGGGUCUCGCUAUUCAAGAAGAAUGAGUCACCGCUGGAGGAUGUCCACGGAGGCUCUGAGGAAAACCAAUGCAGUCCAGUAUGUGCUGUUACAGAUCCACAUACAGAGCCUAAGAGGGAGUCUUCACAUAAUGGUGCAGAUUGUUGUCAACCAGAGAGACACAGUAGUGGACACACAGGGGCGGGUGCCCUACAGACAGAAAGAGACUCUAGACAGGAUAGAGAAAGUGCCUGUGUCAGUGCAGAGUUUACGUGGGAGAAGUCAGCCCCGGUGGCAGAGGUUACAGAAAUGAUGAGUAAUCUCACAUGUGAGAGAAGGACGUCAAAAUGUGAGGUGUUUUCACAAAGAGGAAAGGAGCCUCAAAGUGAGGAUUGUGACGCUGUCAUAAGUCCUUUCGUUACUGGCAGGACACGCUCGCGGCUGAGCCGCUGUUCGCAGCAAGCCAGACAGAGUUCCUCCUCGCUGUCAUCCUCUUGCCUCUUUGAAGUGACCCUGCCAACGCCGACGCGCAUGCGUCGUCCAACAAGAUCACAGGACAGUCCUGCAGACCCGAGGUACACACCAGGUGCCGUUUAUCAUAACUCGCCCUACUCAGGGGCCAGGUAUGGUGAGCCUUCGAACUCCGUCUAUUCCCAGAGUCAAGUAGAGACACUGACGGCCGAUCAGUGUCCAGCUUCAUGCGAUGGACUUAGCCAAGCAGAUACAGUCAUCCUGUCAGACAGUAUGGCUGAUACUUUUAUUCUUGAUAAACGAACUUGUGAGAAGUUUACAGGCCCGUUUGGAAUCACCAAGGGCAAUACGUUGGCAGCUGGUCUUGGAAAGGAGAAAGUAUCCAGUGGUGAUGAGUUUAUCACUGAUGAUCUCUCCAGCUCCAGUGGAAAAGGGUCUAAUUGGAAGCCUGGAGGAAGCACUCAGGAGGGUAGCAAAGAGAGCGUGGAGGACUCUUGGAUCACAGAUUUGGAGUCUCAGACAUCGUCCCUGUCCAGUGUUAACACGCCAGAGAAAAAUCCCCCUGACACACCAGGCACCGGAUGCACCCCCCGGUACAGCAUGAGUCGCUUAUCUGGCCAUUGCAGGCCCCAAUCGCUGGCCAACCUGUCUUACACUCCGGGAGGACGUCCUCAUCUAGUAGACGUGGACGAGCCUGUGGAGUACCUCUACACAGACACAGAGGGGGGCCACGAGCUGAUCGAGACCCACGUACCGCCCACGGCAAACACGUCCAUCAGCUCCAACCUCAGUAGCACUACCAGUGAUGAGACGGUGCUGUACGACUGGCGCUCCUUCAAGACGAGCCCGAGCAAAGGGAAGGAGAAUGUUAAGCCUGCUGACGAUGUGCUCAAUGAAUUCAAAGGUUUGACAGACAAGGAGCUCAGGAAGAAGCUGGUCGAGCUGGGAGAAGCCCCUGGUCCCAUAACUAACCGGACCCGACCGGUAUACAUGGAGCGGCUUCGCCGCCUUCAGCAAGAAACCACCAGUCAACCACAGUCCGUCCAAGGAAACACUGACUAUAGCCCUGAGCUCAGAAGGGCUUUGCACACAUUUAUUUUACCCGACUCCAAAGACGAAUAUGUCCUUUGUCAGCAAUUUGACCAACCUGACCAGAAUAAGAAGUGGCGAGAAGGUGUCAUUAAGUCCAGCUUCAAUUAUUUGCUCCUUGAUCCCAGAGUGACAAAUAACUUACCCUUCCGAAGUCAAGCCAUGACCCCUAAGGAAUGUUUCCAGACCUUUGUCAGUGCCAUCUUCUAUGUUGGCAAGGGCAAGCGCUCUCGCCCAUACAGUCAUCUGUAUGAGGCUUUGGAGUACUACAGAGGAGAUAAGACUUCUAAGAAACUCUGCUCGAAGGUUAAGCACAUUCUGGACGUGUGGAACGCUGAACAUGGUGUGAUAUCCCUCCACUGUUUCCAGAAUGUAAUCCCAGUGGAAGCGUUUACCCGGGAGGCGAGCAUGGUGGAUGCAAUCGGUGUGAAGAUGCUGACCAAUCAGAAGCGUGGAGACUAUUACGGGGUCGUGUCCACCUGGAUGGUGAAGCGUAAACGGGAGCUGGGAGUGCACCUGCUGUACCGGGCCAUGCAGAUCUUCCUGGCCGAGGGGGAGCGACAGCUGAGACCAGCAGACAUCAGGGCGGGCCACUGAACAUCCUGAAGAGGCGGCAGUGGUGGGCGCAUUGUACCAAUAGAGUAUAGAGCUGCAUUAACAGUGUUACUGAACACUAAGCAUCAGAUGCAUGUUUAAGAAGCAUUUUUAAUUGAGAAAACAAUAGCAGUUAUGUGAAAAAACAAGGUGGACCACUAGCUUAUAGCAACACUGGACACGUCAAACCACAGGAGACAACCCGUGUUCGUAACUUACCAACUACGAAAUAAAAUGGUACAGUCCUGUGUGAACUCUGCUGCUUGGGGGUGAGCAAUAUAUUAAUCACUCCAACCAUCAUCUCAUAAGUUCAUCCAGACUUUUAGAUAGAGGAGCAACUAGAGGUGUGAGCACAAGGUGGCACUAGCGUGUAGAAGAUUAGACUGAAUCUUUUUUUGGACUGAUGAAGAAGUUUCAUUUUAAGUCACAGUUCAAGGACAUUGCUCUGCUGGCCCAGGGCUGUACUGGAAUGCAUUAUUCAUCAGCAUAAGUCAGACUAGAAAUGAAACAUGUGAAAACUACUGUACAACUUGUGAGAAAGGUACAGCAUGAGAUCAAGAAACGAAACAUAUUCAAGUGAAUGUAAAUAGCAAACCAUUUACAAUCUAGUUUUAUUAGCGGUAUAGCAGUAUAUUUUUUAGCAGCAUAUUAUAAAUAUAUGUAUAUACACAUAGGGAAUACUUUGUUCAGUUUUUUUUUUUUUUCUCUUAUCAUUAGAAUGCAUCCUUGUCAGGGUAUCAGGUUGUUGCACAAUGCCAAACAUGCACCUUUUUAGAACACGUGGUUUAGUGUUAGCAAAGCUCAUUGUUGUAUUAGGUUGUCAUAUACAGGUUGAGUCAGAGUGGCAUAAAAAAAAAAAUCAGUUUUAGUUGGUGUUAGUUGGCAGGGAUGUUAUCAGGUAGUUCACAGGUAGUUAUGGACAAAUGCAUUUCAUUCACACUUGUGCACUAGGGAGAUUCUUUCAGGAAUGGGUAAGGUUUUUGGUCAAACCUGUUAUGAUUGUUUUCAAUGGAUAUGUUCAAAUUAGGCUAUAAAAUGUACUGUCUGUAGUAGAUCACAGCACACAUUUGUAUGCCUUUGUAUUAGUAACUUUGUGAUGAUUUUAUGUAAAUGAAUAUGUUUUAUGUAUAAUGUAAAAGAAAUCGUAGUGCUUUUUUAUUUCAUUUUCUUUAAUGUCUUAAUUUCUGGAAAAAUAAAAACAACCAGUAAUA